AUGCCGACUGCUGUGUCGCCGAACCCUCGUGCGGCGGAUGGGGCGACCAACUACGUCCAAGAAGUGGACGACUUCCUCCGUGACUUGCCAAUCGACAGAAACGAGAAUGAAAACCCUACCAACAUUGACUUGACGACCAAGGACGUGGACGAGGAGAUCAAGAUUCGCAAACCACGGAAGCCUGUGCCCAAGCUUGAUGAGAACCUUCUACUGAGUGACCGAGGUAUCAUUGCUCUACGACGGCAAGCAAGGCGUCUCAAACUGAAAGGCAAAGGGCACGAGUUCUCUGAUAUUGGACGACUGCUUGGCAUAUACCAGUUAUGGCUUGAUGACAUGUUCCCGAAAGCCAAGUUCCGCGAUGGUAUGAAAAUGGUGGAGAAAUUGGGUCGUGGGAAGCGGAUGAAUGUCAUGCGCAAAGGCUGGAUUGAUGGCACGAAGACUAGAGUGCGAGAGGGCAGCAUGGAGAGGAUUGGCGACGACCGCGCGGGAGCUGGUGCUGGCGCCGCUGAAGAUGACCGUUCUUUCGAUGAUUUGUUCGAAGAUGAGCAAAUGCUGGAUCGGCCACUCAAUGGUGACAGUAACGAUGUUCCCCCCGAUGAUGAGCUGGAUGCCCUGACGAACGAGAACGUCGCACCGAUAAUUACUCGACCGCAGCCUCAAAGUCGGCCCAUGUUCGAGGACGACGAGGACGAGCUAGACGAAAUGUUGGCUCACGAUAAGGAUCAUGCAUCCGUGCAUGCACACCGGCCAACGCAACGUAAUUCUGGGCUUUUCCAGGACGAUCACGGUGAGCCGGACGAAGACGAACUCGAUGCUCUCUUGGCUGAAGAGCCACUAGGACAAAUCGGGACCCGUGCUGUGCAAGACCUCACAAAGGCAGCUCCACCAGGGCCAGAACAGAGUGGCGAGUUUGACGAUGAGGAGGAAGUACUUGCCAGUAUGGGAUGGUGA